UCCACUGCUACCCACAUGAGCCACUCAGGAACCUUGCAGCGACGAACCACCUACCUCAUCUCCCUCACUCUGGUCAAGGUCGAGGCCAUAGGAACAGAUGAAGGGGCAGAGCCAACAAAACCACAGACUCCAGCCCUUGUCCAGGGUCCAGAACAUGGAGAACACACAGAGAUACAACCAACGGAGCAGGAAAAAGUGGAAGACGUAAGCAAGACCCCAGAAAAUGAGGAGGAACCUGCAUCUCCUGAUACUGAGGAGCAGAAGGUCGAGGUCAGGGGAUGGAAGCCUACUAAUGAGUGGAGACAAGAGAGCAACAAUGCAUGUCCAGUCAGAGCACCUCCACCGAAGCCUAAGGUGGUCGGUAAAUACAAGGGCAGGGAACUUCACAAAGAGGUCAGGAGCGCUGGAGUUUCUCCUGAUGGUGAGGAGACAUCCAGAAUGGAAACAUCUUACAAGGCAGAUCUUUACACCCCAACAUCAGAAAAGGCCUCAGAUGUCGGGGUGUCAAACGGGACCUCAGUCCGUUCCAGCUUUCCAGUACGUCUCAACCAGCGUCCCGAGGCCCUGCUGAGAUCCCACGCUGCGGUUACAAUGAAUCGGCAUGAGCUCAAGGAGACCAGCAAGACCAUCUCCUCCUCUGCCAAAAGCCUGGACUACAAGGCCAGAGAGCACUCACCUCCGGUGACCAUCACCAUGACGAUGGGGCCCUAUCGAGCGUCUUGGUCAGAGAGCGAGGGGAGAGGCAUGUACCAACGUUUCGGCAUUGAGCCGUUAAUGGUAGCGGAAGAAGGGUUCACAGGACCUGGACUCACACGGGACAGUCCUCGAGUGGAGAAGCUUAAAACGAUAUCCACAUCACUUCCAGCUCCCGCCGUACGGCCACCAACAAAACCACAGCGGAAGGGCAAGAGCCGUACACUGGACAACAGUGACCUGCAUCUGCUCUCAGAGGACCUGAAGAAGGGAAAGGAGCAGCGUGCUUCUACCCAGGCCUCGGGGAAAGACCGAAAAAUGCUGAAGUUCAUCAGCGGCAUUUUCACCAAGAGCACCCAGUCCCCUGCAACCACCCCAGCCGUCCCAGCAACUCCGAUCCCUCUUCACAGCCCCAUGCAGAGAGGGUCCAGUGAGGAAGAAGCCUGUGCUGCGAGUCAAGAAUGGAUGUUGAGUCGUGCCAUCCAGGAUCUGCGGCUGGGGAUCCUCGGCGGUCUGCUCAGCGGAAAAUCAGCUCUGGUUCAUCGCUACAUGACGGGCAGCUACCUGCCUCUCGAGAGUCCUGAGGGGGGCAGGUUUAAAAAGGAAGUACUGGUUGAUGGACAGAGUCACCACUUACUGAUGAGAGAGGAACCUGGCCUUCCAGACGCAGAGUUCUGCAGCUGGGUGGAUGGAGUGAUUCUGGUCUUCAGUCUGGAGAAUGAGAGCAGCUUUCUGGAAGUCUACAACAUCUACAGGCAGCUGAGCCUUCACCGCAACAUCGCAGAAAUCCCCUUCAUCGUGGUCGGCACUCAGGAUAAAAUAACCAGCACUAAUCCUCGUGUGAUUGAUGACGCUCGAGCGAGGCAGCUGUGCUCAGAUGUCCAUCGCUGCACUUAUUAUGAGACCUGCGCCACCUAUGGGCUGAACGUUAACCGGGUCUUCACAGAGGCUGCUCAGAAGAUCGUCACGAUGAAGAGGCAGCUGGCUCUGUAUGCUUCCUGUAAAUCUCUCCCAAACUCUCCCAGUCACUCUGGAGGAUCCACUCCCCUGUCAGGAGCUUUUCCAGGACAGGCCAGUAACGGUGGUCAGAGCAGUGACUACUCCUCCUCUCUGCCCUCCACUCCAGUGAUCAGUCAUAAAGACAUCAGUGGGACGUCUGGAGGAGAGAAGCUGGGCAGCGCCACCCCCGUAUCGCUGCGCAGCCACGGCCGAACUGCCCGAUUCACAGCGCGUCGAGGCAGUGACUCAGAGAGGAGGAGCGUCGACAGCAAAGGAGAUUUUGGAAUUGGCCGCGCAAUCCCAAUCAAACAGAGCAUCCUUCUGAAACGCAGUGGGAGCUCCCUUAAACAGGAGUGGAAGAAGAAAUAUGUGACUCUGUCAAACAACGGGAUGCUGUCCUAUCACUCCAACGUCAGCGACUACAUGCAGAAUAUUCAUGGGAAGGAGAUAGACCUUCUGAGGGUGACAGUGAAAGUUCCAGGGAAACGUCCCCCCAGAGCAGCUCCAUCAGCCGGCCCCCUGCCUGGACUGAAUGGAUUAGUCCAAGAUGUAGCAGGACUCGAAGGAAGUGGUUCAGCUGCUGGCUUCCCGAGCGGACUCAUAACUGUGGAUGAGGGAGCCGGAGUCAUCAGCCCUGCGGGUCACCGUGAGGUGCAGCGAGCACCGUUCACCCUCUCCAGCAAAGUUCAGAGUAUCGAGAUCGAGGGAGUGCUGAGCCCCCCACUGAUAAAAGACCCCAGUACAUCUCCAGUGACUGACCGGAAGAAGCAUCGGAGGAAGAAGAGUAUGAAUCAGAGAGCAGACACGACCAUCGGUCAAGCUGAAGCUAAGCGCAAAAUGUGGAAACUGAAAAGCUUCGGUAGCUUAAGAAACAUAAACAAGACAGAUGAUGAGAACUGCGAGUUCCUGAUCGUGUCCAGCACCGGACAGACGUGGCACUUUGAGGCUCAGAGUCAGGAGGAGCGGGAUUCCUGGGUACAAGCCAUCGAGAGCCAGAUUCUGGCCUGCCUGCAAUCCUGCGAGAGCAGCAGGAACAAGGCGAGAAGGAACAGCCAGAGUGAAGCAGUGGCCAUUCAGGCCAUUCGUAAUGCUAAAGGGAAUGGCUUCUGUGUGGAUUGUGACGCUCCCAAUCCAACAUGGGCCAGUCUAAACCUGGGUGCACUGAUCUGCAUAGAGUGCUCAGGUAUUCACAGGAAUCUGGGCACUCAUCUGUCCCGCGUGCGCUCCCUCGACCUAGACGACUGGCCCUAUGAGCUCACCCUGGUGCUCAUCGCCAUUGGCAACCACACGGCCAACAGCAUUUGGGAGAGUCGUACCAGAGGCCGCCAUAAACCCCGCCCUGAUGCCACGCGUGAGGAACGCGAGUCGUGGAUUCGGGCCAAAUACGAGCAGAAGCUGUUUUUGGCUCCACUCUCCUCUCUGAGUGACGGCUUAGACGGCUCCCUGUCUGCCCGCCUAUAUAAAGCUGUGAUGGACAGAGACCUCCCGAAACUCCUCCUCCUGCUGGCACACAGCACUAAAGAGGAAAUCAACGCCCCGUCUUCCUACAUGAUGCGCUAUGGCAACGGAGCCGUCCACGAAUCAUUUUCUCCCCUGCAUGCCGCCUGCCAGCUGGGAGAUGUUGUCAUGACUCAGCUGCUGAUCUGGUACGGUAGUGAUGUGAGGAGCAGGGACGCUCUGGGUCAGACAGCUGUCGCCCUGGCACGCCGUGCUGGGAGUCAGGUUUGUGUAGACAUCCUGCUGCAGCAUGGCUGCCCUGCCGAAAUCAGCCCCACCACCUCCACCCCCCCGACCGCGUCCCCAUCUGGAGCCACCAGCCCCAGCCUGUCCCGCAACAGCAGCUCUGCCAGCCUCAGCCGACCCACCUCCAAAAGAGCCAUGUCAUAA